AUGAAGAGACCCACAUUAUGCCUCCCCAUCCUCCUCGCCGCCACUUCCUCAGCAAGAUCCAUACUUGCUACGAGCCAGCGAAGCUCUGAGCUUACUGACGACUUCGACGGGCCAGCUCAAUGGAAGUUCACGCUGCAGAACUGGUCCGGCGACGGCUGCCCUGACUUCGGCAACACCAGCGCCACCCCCGGUUACAGUUUCACGCGCCAAAGCUCAGGCCCCUUCAUGUCAAAUAGUUCCGCCGACACUUUCUGGAGCUACAUUUCGUUCCCGUGGAUGCAGGCUUCCUUGGAUGGAAAUAAUCCUUCAAAACUGGCGCGCAUUAGCUGUGAUGUUACGGUGCUUUAUGAGGAAGUGACGCCGUAUGGGUCGGCACUCCCACCGGAGAAGAGGACGCAUAAACUGAAGUUGCACAAGAAUGGGAGCACAAUUGAGGCAAAUUAUAAGCUAGAUAAAGGCGUGAAUGCGGAGUGGCAGGUUCGGUUUUACGAUCCGCAGGAUUUCACUGUCAUGGCCCAAGAUUGGGCUAGUGUUGACGGCCCUCUCGAAAGUGGGAACGAUACGCAUAUGGCCUUUGAGUGGCUGCCGCCUCUUUUUGCGCCGGAUCCGUACGUACAAUCAGAGUGCGGUCGCAGCGUCUUUCGCAUUAGGCUCGAUCUAUGGCUUGCUAGCAGAGCGACAGGAGCUGGUGGGAAGGUCUUUUCAAAGAGAACAGACUGGAACAAUGGAAAAGGGAAGCAAUGGGACGGAGUUAAUUUGGGGUACAGUUACGAUUGGGAGAAGUGUUGAAAAACCUAACUGCUCCACCCAUGGGCAUUACAAGCAUUGU